AUGUUGGCGACGGCAAUUCUACCGCGGCGUUUGUGCACGCGCGGGCGCUGCGGUGUUUGCGUUUCUGCUUCUGCUGUUACUGUCGCCCUCAGCGUUAUGUGUAGAACGCAAAAUCCAGUUGCGUGGUAUUCUACUGAAAUAAAAAGCAGAGCUGUUGCAUCCGAUAGAAGCACUCGACUACGCAAAAAAAACAAAAGGAAAUCUGGUGCAUCUCCGGCGACGCGAAAGAAGGCUGUCGAAGCACCAUUCCAGGCAGAUGAUUACGAAGCCGAAGUUGCUGAGACUCCUCCUGCUGCUGCUUCUGCUGCCGCCGCCGCCGCUGAUGCCGCUGCUGUUCCACCACCAGCAGUAGAGCAACACGACAAAAAGUCCACCACGGCUCUUUCUCCUCAGUCUCUUUGGUUUCCAACGGGACAGGACUAUGAGGCCCUUGUGGUGUAUCUCCUGCUCUACCGGCGUGAGUCGUUGGAACCAGUUGUGAGCACUCUCCGAAAGGAGCGUUCUUUGCUCGAUGAAUCUGUGAAGAGAAUGGAGGAGCGUAUUGCCGAUUUGUACCUUGUGCGUGAGGAGAUACGGGAGAUGCUGCAGGAGAGUGCUGCAGUGCAACGUCGAACGCUUUCGGAGGUCAUCCGAGAAAUUGGUGACUCUGACGAAGAGGGUGAGAAAGCGAGGGCCAUUUCUUGUCCUGCUAUUGCCACUGAUAUUGAUGGCAAAGAGAAAGAAGGUGAUGGUGAGAUUUCCCUUUGA